CCAGAACUUGGCAACACCACCCCAGGUGAACACUGUCAAUAGUCUGGAAUUUGGUGUUGAAAAAUGACAAAGCAAGGCCCAAACAACCAGUUGAGAGGAAUUAGAUUGGCAAUUUAACAAGCACCACCAAGCAGUGCCUGUAGCGGAGCAGGUGUUGGAGCAGCCUCAUAAUGGUCGAUCCGGUAGCAGCCCUCUGCAACUACAACGUCCUGGAGGUGAUAUUCUCCUACCUUGAGCUGGACGACCUCAGUCACUGCUCGCAGGUGUGCAAGAGCUGGAACCUUUUCCUUAACGACGAAAACAGCGAUGUCUGGCGCUGGCACUGCCUUAACAAACUGCCCAAGGAGGCGCUCAAGUCCGAUCUGCUGUCCUCAGUAUCGACGUACAAAACGAAGCUGCGGGCUUACUUUCAUGCCUGGAGUCCCAACGACUGUUCACGCAAUGUAUACAUAAAACCCAACGGAUUCACCCUGCAUCGCAAUCCUGUAGCACAGAGCACAGAUGCGGCGCGCGGUAAAAUAGGUUUCCGACAUGGACGCCAUGCCUGGGAGGUAAUAUGGGAGGGACCACUAGGCACAGUUGCCGUUAUAGGAAUAUCAACUAAGGAGGCGGUUUUGCAAUGCCAUGGCUAUGUUGCUCUCUUAGGAUCCGAUGACCAGAGCUGGGGCUGGAAUCUAGUGGAGAACCACUUACUUCAUAAUGGGGAUAUGCAGGGCAGCUAUCCACUGCUAAACAACGCGCCCAAGUACCAAGUGGGCGAGCGGAUUCGCAUCAUACUCGACUGUGAUGACAACACACUCUCGUUCGAGAAGAACUACGAGUUUCUAGGCGUUGCCUUUCGGGGUCUGCCGGACAAGAAGCUCUAUCCCACAGUAUCGGCUGUCUAUGGUAACACCGAGGUGUCCAUGGUGUACCUGGGCACCCCCAUGGAUGGAUAGCUCUGCCCGGAGCGAAUGCGGCCUUAACGCGUACAAUUUGUCCAACAAAUUUAAGAUCCCCCUACAAAUUGUGUAAAUUGUAUUUAUCGCUAUUACUUUUCUCGAAUUCCAGCUUGCAGUUAUGUUCGAUAUUAUAAAUUAGUUAAUAGUUUUUUUCCCCUGUAUAAAAUUACGCAUUUUGUUGACUUUACGUUACGCCAAAGUUCAGAUCCACCUGCACACUUCUACACUCGGCAAUUUACGUUAGUUGUACGAACCAAAUUAAUAUAUUAUAGCAAUUAAACAAAAGUUA